CAGAGAACAUGUUGCUCUACGUGCUCUGUAUAUUCAGUGUAAUAUUUUCAUUGUGCUUAACUAAAAAAUCUGAACUUCCUGUAACCCCAUGCAAGCGAGAUUCAAAUGAUUAUUCAGCUUGUUUAAGACAAUCUGUGGAAGAUGCAUGGCCACAAUUUGUAGCAGGACUUCCAGAAUUUGACUUCCCUCCUUUAGAUCCGUUAUUUUACAAAUACGGAAAAUUUGUAAUUAAUUCAGGAGACGUACACUACCAAGUAAUUUUCUCAAAUGUUACUAUAAUUGGUCUAUCAAAAAUUCAGUUUUUAAGUAUAAGAACGAAUUUUCUUGAUGACUUUUUCUAUUUGGAAGUUAAAGGAAACAUACCGAAAUUAUUUGUAAAAGGUGACAUAAGAGCAGAUGGUAAUUUAAGCGGAUUCAGACUCGCUAAUGAAGGAUAUUAUAAUGUAACCGCGGAAGAUAUCAGAACAGCUGCAAAUUUAACAGGACAUGUAGUAAACGAUACAUGGAUUGUAGAAUACAUCCAUCUCGUUAUGCCAAUUGGAAAAUUCAAAUUAUACUAUAAUGAUGCAGUUAACGACAAGAAAGCAUUUGUUGAUAUUAUUAUAUCUUUUGUAAAUGAAUUCUGGCCAAUGCUUUAUCGAGUAUCAUUGCCAUUUAUGAUCGAUGGAUUGCAACCUGUAUUCAGCAUUGCAGUAUUUGGAUUAUCUUUGGCAAGAAAAACUGAACUUCCACCAGUUACAUGUAAACGAGAUUCAAAUGAUUAUUCUGCUUGCUUAAAACAAGCUUUAGAAGAAGGAUGGCUAUUAAUUAUUAAAGGACUUCCAGAAUUUGAUAUUCCACCUUUGGAUCCCUUAGUUUACGAAAAUGGUAAAUUUGAAUUAAAUUCUAAUGAAAUACGAGCAGAACUAAUUUUUUCGAAUCUCAUUAUCAUCGGUUUAUCAAAAUUGCAUUUUCCUGAUGUGAGACCACACCGUCUUAAUGACGUAUUCCGUCUGGAAAUUGACGCAAUAAUACCGAAAUUGACUCUAGAAACUGAUGUGAAAAUAAAUGGUACUCUAAAUACACUUAUGUUGAAAGUUGCUGGUGAAGAUCAUUUGAAUGCAACAGCACAUGAUGUUAGAGGAACGUGUGAUUUAACAGGACACGUAAUAAACGAUACAUGGAUUGUAGAACAUUUCCAUAUCGCUCCGUCAAUUGGUACACUUAAAGUGUAUUUUGAUAAUUUGUUUGAAGGCAAUAAAGAACUCAAUAAUCUUGCCUUAACUUUUUUGAAUGAAUACUGGCCAGUAUUUUAUCGAUUGAUGUUACCAUUCAUUUCUGAUAUAUUGGAUCCAUGGUUGGUUGGCUUUGCCAAUAAGUUCUUCUCAAAUGUUCCGCUCUCAAAUAUUUUUCCAUAA